AUGCCACGUUUUAUCAAGAGAAUUUUUCAAAAUCUUUGUUAUAUUAUUUCAAUCUCGAUAAUAAUCAUAGUUAUUUAUGAUCAAAGUAAGUUUAUACAAGAUGGUCUCUUCCCGAAAUCAAAACAAGAAUUGACAAAGACGUCAAUUGCUAUUCCAACAACAGUUUCCAGAAGAAUCACACUUCAUCGAAAUUCACCAAUUGCUGAUGAAAACCGAUUGAAAAGUCUUGAAAAACAAUGUGGACAUAGUUACAAUCCAUAUUAUCGAGGUUAUUCCAAGGUACUUCAUUCGGAUAAAACAUUAAAUUAUCUUGGUUUUCUUCUCCAAUCUCAUUCAUUAUUCUACUGUGCCGUACCAAAAGUUGCUACACGAACUAUUCUUCCUUUUAUCACAUAUCUUCAUGUACGCGAUGAUUUGUUACCAUUAACAAAAAAUCAUUCUUCACAAAUGAAUAUGUUCAAUUCAAAAUCACAAAAAAUCACGAACACUUUCAAUUCUGAAUAUAUAAUGAAAAUGAUUUUUAAUUCAUCUCAGGAUCGUCUAGGAAAACCAAACAUAGAAUUAUCCACGAUUCUAACAUCAUUUUUAUCACGUCUAAUCCGUAAAAAUGCAUCUAAAGUUGAUCUUUGGCUUUUGUAUGAACAACAAUCAUUACCAUACAUUCGUCUUCGCAAUUUAAUCGAUACAUCACGAAUCUUUUCUGCAAAUUUCACGCGAGCGAUAUUUGUUCGACAUCCGUUAGAUCGUCUGGCAUCAGCAUACAUAGAUAAAAUUGCUUCAUUGAAAAAUCGAUCAUCAUCUUACGAUGGACUACGUCAAAAGAUUUGUCAACAUAAUUCUUUGUUCUAUUUGAAUAUUUCCAAACCGAGAUUUUCUUUUCAGCAAAAGAAAAUCUUUUCCACCAAUGCUGUUGAAGGUUGUCGAAAUGUGAUUCCAACAUUCGAACAUUUCCUUCAGUAUAUUUUCUCCAAAGGACUCAGAGACGAUGUUCAUUGGCAACCGUAUACAAAAUUGUGUCAAGUUUGUUUACUGAAAUAUAACUUUAUUGGUAAAUAUGAGACCAUUGGGACAGAUUUACAAAGAUUAAUGAUGUUGUUGGGAAUCAAUUCACAAAAAUGGAAUCAGAAUGAUUAUGCGAAAACAGGAAAGACGAAGGAAAAUUAUCAAUCGUUAUAUAAAGAUCUAUCGUAUCAAAUGCUUUGUACUUUGAAACGAUUUUAUCAUGAUGAUUUUAAUGUGUUUAAUUAUCGAUUUGAGGAUUAUUUAAUUAAGAAAAAAGAUCUUCAUUGUCCACAAAGAUCUUUUUCGGGAAAAUUUCAAUAA